AUGGCGUGCAAGGCCGCCAAGGGACCGAGCAAAGAGGACGGUCUGCUGGUCAAGGUUCUCCGCGCGCACGGAGCCAUUCCUUUCGUCCGCGGCAACGUCCCGCAGUGCAUGAUGUUACCGGAGAGCGACAACGCCAUCUUCGGCCGAUCUGACAACCCUUGGAACUUGGGGCGCACACCCGGGGGGAGCAGCGGCGGGGAGGGAAGCCUCGUGGCGUCUCGAAGCACCCCUUUGGCCCUAGGGAGCGACGUCGGCGGCUCGAUCCGCAUCCCGUGUCACUUCACGGGGACUUGCGGCCUCAAGCCGACGCCGGAGAGGAUGAGCAGGAAAGGGAUGGAAAGCUUGAGCGAGGACAAAAAGGUUGGCCAACGAAUCAUCCUCCCGACACCGGGACCUAUAGCCAACUGCGUCGACGAUCUGGAACUGGCCAUGACGGCGCUCUGCUCCGCGGAGAUGUGGGACGGCGAUAAGCGUAUUCCCCGGCUGCCGUGGGAUAGGACUGUGGCGAUCGACGGCCCGGGUCGCCCGUUGAAGGUCGGCUUCUUUACGACUGACCAUUGGUUCGAGCCUUCCGCGGCGAUUUCGCGGGCCGUUCACGAAGCGGCGGAGGGACUUCGCGCCGCCGGGCACGAGGUGGUGCCCUUUGAGCCCCCUGUUUCGGGUUGGCAGAUUGCGAAGCUGUACUACGGCCAGAUGGGCGCCGAGGGAAACAUGAAGCGCUUCGUCGACUCGAUACAAGGGGAGAGGAUGCUGCCGAGCUACGCGGCCCUGCGCCAGCUGGCGGGCUUCCCUAACUGCUUGCGGCCCGCCCUGUCGUGGGUGCUGCGGAACGUGCUGGGGGACGAGAGGAGGGCCUCCAUUGUAGGGAUCACGAGAAACAAGGGGCUGAGCGUCAGGCAGUACUACGAGCUCGUGGCAGACACCUACGACCUUCGCUCCAAGUGGGAAGAUGCGGUAACCGACGCGGGACUUGAUGCGGUCAUCUUCCCGCCGGUCGCCCUGCCGGCGCUGCCCCAUGGAGCGGCGAAGGACCUCACCCUCGCGUUCACCUACAUGUUUGUCGCCAACCUUCUUCACUGGCCCGCCGGGGUGGUGCCGGUGACCCUUGUGAGGCCAGACGAACAGGACUAUGACGUGAAACGUUUGCCCGUGAACCAGCGCGAUGGAACCGCCCGGCUCGCCAGAGAGGCGAUGCGUGGCUCAGCAGGGCUGCCUGUAGGAGUGCAGGUAAUGACGAUGCCCUUCCAGGAGGAGCUCGCGCUGCACGCCAUGCGAGAGGUAGAGAAGGCCGUGAAUUUUGUCGCCGUACCGGCUGUGUCGGGACUGUGAACGCCCCAAUGUUUGAGGUAGCCGAAAAUUCCCGCUGCGUUUCGGUCUGUUGACGUGUUUCUUUUUUUUUCUCCCAUCAUUGGACUCUGUGGUCUGCUGUCGUCUGCCCCUCUGGCCCCUAUCCUCCACUUCUACCAGCUAGACGACCCAACCGGGGUCACAGGACGGGGGGGUUGGACCCCCUCCUGCGGUUCCAUGUAUGUACAGUGAUGGUGCCGUUAUGAGAGGGUAGUGUGACAAGGGCCCUCGACCCUCGUAUAUCGCAACCCCCUCUUGUAUCGGGGCCCUCUACAGUGGGUUAACCUUUUAUUUGGGGUAAAAUCAGGAAUAACGAGAAACAAGGGUAGCUGGGUGCCGUACAUUUUUGCGUGUGUGGUGGGCCGCAUAUGCACAUAUGGUGAAGUGGUAGCCCAGUGCAAUCGUCGCCGUCGUCGUUGUCAGGUAGCUCUAGCUCGCUGUUAGAAGGGUUGGCUUCCUGACAGCACACAAAUUUACCGCAUCAUAUUCGUAAAGCCGGCCGCCACAACCUGCGACACAUAUCCAUCGGGAGGCUCAGUCGUGACGUCUGGGGUACGACACAUUUUUCC